GAAAGCCAACGUGGUGCUGGAGACCCGGCAGCUGGCCAUGAAGAUCUUUGAGGAUUACACGGUGUCCUGGUACUGGAUCAUCAUAGGCCUCGUCAUCGCCAUGGUGGCCAGCCUGAUCUUCAUCGUCCUGCUGCGCUUCCUGGCCGGGAUCAUGGUCUGGGUCAUGAUCGUGAUGGUGAUCCUGGUGCUGGGAUACGGAAUCUUCCACUGCUACAUGGAAUACGCGAAGCUGAAAGGGGAGGCGGGCUCGGACGUGUCCCUGGUGGACCUGGGCUUUCAGACCGACCUGCGCGUCUACCUCCACCUGCGGCAGACGUGGUUGGCCUUCCUGAUCAUCCUGUGCGUGGUGGAGCUGGUGAUCGUCCUGCUGCUCAUCUUCCUCCGCAAGAGGAUCCUCAUCGCCAUCGCGCUCAUCAAGGAGGCCAGCAGGGCCGUCGGUCACGUCAUGUCCUCGCUGCUGUUCCCCCUGUGCACCUUCUUCCUGCUGUGCCUCUGCAUCGCCUACUGGGCCAGCACCGCCGUGUAUCCUUUGCUCUUCCCCUGCCCUGCCUCCCUGUUCCCCGGCAAGGAAGCUGCCCUGCAGGUGAUCAGUGCCCCGGGGUAG